GACAUAUAAUGGUUCUGCGGCCAUUAGAAUUUGCGGAUUGCCUCUCGGAUAGCCCAUGGUUUCGCCAAAAUUUGCGUGAACAUGAAAGUGUUCUGGAAGAUGCCCAUAAGAAUAUCAAAAACAUCGAAAUACAAUGCCGUGAGCUUAUCCAAUGUACGAGAAAACUUUCUGUGGCUCAAAAAGCAUUUGCAAAGUCGUUGAAGGAAUUUAAAAUUGUCACAAUUGGUAGUACUCAGACAGAUGAUGAACGAAAAAUAGCUGAAUGCGUGAGUAAAUUCGGGGAUUUUAUAACUCAGAUCGAAGAUCAUCGCGAAAAAAUUAUUGAAGACUCGGAGAUUCACUUUAUCGAACCUUUACGUAAAUUUCGAGUGGAAGGAAUUGGCAAGGUAUUACAUGUUGACAAAAAGAGAUACGAAAAGGAAUCCAACAAAUUUUAUGCAUCACUCGAAAAACAUUUGCACUUAUCGACGGCACGAAAAAAUGAUUUCAAAGAAGCGGAUGCCCAACUGGACAUGCAACAGCGAAAUUUCUGCAGUUGUUCGCUGGACUAUGUCACGGCGAUACAAGCGGUUCAGGAAAGGAUGAAAUUUGAAUUUGUAGAAACGUUAUGUUCAUUCGUAUAUAGCUGGCUUACUUUUUACCAUGUUGGUCACGUAACACAUGAGGACUUCAAACCUUUUCUAAGUGAGGUGCAAUCGAAAGUUCAAAAGGCGAAACAGAGCUAUGAGGAAACAAAGGAAUAUUAUGUGCAGCUCAAAGACAAAAUGCUGAUAAAUCAUUUGAAAAAUGCGGUAUUUCAAACGGGUAAAAGUGAUAAUGUUAAUGAAAAUCCGACGCCUCGAACCAUUUCUAGCAUUAAACAAGGCUAUAUUUUUGCUCACGAAAAGAGUAAAAUUCCAAAAACAAUUAGUAGAGAUGUUUUGUCAAAUCGAUGGACUAUGUAUUAUUGUGUAUAUCAAAAAGAAACGCGAAUAUUCACAAUGAUUCCAGUAAAUAAUACGGCAAAAACGGAUAUGAAAGGUGCGCUCGGGCAAUCUGUUUCUUUUAAAUUAAAGACAUGCACUCGAAGAGCUUCAGACAGUAUCGAUAAGAGGUUUUGCUUUGACGUCUUAGCAAUGGAUCGUACUGAGCAAAUGACGUUGCAAGCAUUAUCGGAAGAAGACCGCCGGCAGUGGCUUGAUGCUAUGGACGGAAGGGAACCUAUAUACUUACCUGGAGCAGGACCGACAUCAAAUUGCCCUGGAACAGCUCUCGAUGAUGGUGGUUUCGAUUUUGUGAGGAAAUGUAUAGAAGCGAUAGAAGAAAAAGGCAUACGUGAACAAGGAUUGUAUCGUAAUUGUGGUGUUACAUCUAAAGUUCAAAAGUUGUUGCAAAUUGGAUUGGACAAACGGCGAUCCAUUCAUGACAAACUUAGCUUUACCGAUGAUGAAUGGGAAAUUAAAACUUUAUCAAGUGCUCUUAAAACUUUCUUGCGGAAUUUGCCGGAACCACUAAUGACGUUUGACUUGCAUCCGCAUUUUAUUAAUGCCGCUAAAAUGGAUUUCAAGACACGUGUCUCUUGUGUUCACUAUUUCGUCUAUAAAUUACCGCAAAUACAUUUCGAGAUGUUGCAAAUUAUCAUCGAGCACCUCAAGAAAGUAGCGGAUCAUUCCAGUGAGAAUCUCAUGACGGUGGGUAAUCUUGCUGUUUGUUUUGGGCCAACAUUGCUGAGGCCAAAAGAGGAAACAAUGGCAGCUAUUAUGGAUAUCAAGUUUUGUAAUGUAGUUGUCGAAGUGCUCAUUGCAAAUUAUGAUCUCAUAUUUAAAAAUAAACCAAUAGAAAUUGAUAGUAUUCCUUGUCCGCCGAAAACUAAUGAUCAAGACGAAUUAGGUGAAAGCUCUUCCUUUGGAGAGGCUGGCGCUGCUCCUUCUGUUCUUUUCUCAAAACAACAAGCUUUGCCAUUUUCUCAAGAAGAAAAGCGAUCACAACUAGAAGAUACGUCAAGUUCCAGCAAGCAUCCAAAAACAAUUACCACUUCAACCAAAUAUCAGCGCCCUCCCCCUAUUUAUGACCGAGUGCCAUGUUGCUACGCUGAUAACAAUGAUGAUUUAAAUAUGAACUCAUCGAAUCGUUCGAUGUUAGCAUAUGGUAAGCCGAGUACUUCCGCUGGAACAUCUCCUGUUACACCGAUAACUAAUAGUAGUCUGACUUACCCUGCUUCUGCACUUACACAGAAUACCGCAAAAUGUCAAGUCAGGCUGCCUUCACGUGAAUCACCUCCUGGACAUCCGCGAGAUGUAGCAGAACGUGAACGUCGAACACAGGUUGGGAAAAAAUAUGCAGAAAGUUGGGAAUCACUGAAUUCAGCAACCAGUGGUUCGGAACCAUCACCGAAUGAACGGUUCCGUUAUCAUCAUCAUCCUAAAACUGUGCAGGAACGGCAUUCUACUACCCCCAGGGCCAAAUUAAACACAUCAUACGCUCCGGCAUAUAAUCCAUUUUCAUCUGAAUCCUCCAUCAAAACUUCUAACUUAUUUCCCACCAACGCCAAUAACUGUUCUAGUGGACGUCGUAAAAUAUCACCUUUGCCAGUGUCAAAAUAUCAGCAAUAUCGUUGUCUCGAAUUAUCACGACCACCCAAAAACGUCGGUUUAUCAGACAACGGGGAUACGGCUCUUGAUGCUGCCACGGGUGAUAUUGGUGUUUGUGGUGGUACCGCUCCUGUUACCGAAGUACCUCUCAGUGAGCUCAGGGUUUCACCAUUGUUAACGUGUACUCAUACUUUGGGAGCACUCCAGUCAAGUCGGCGAGUGAAAACACUUUAUGCAUGCACAGCGGGCCACAAUACCGAAUUGUCUUUUCAGCCUGGACAAAUUAUUACUAACGGCUAG